AUGGCUUUGUCCGAUCCGUUCACAGGGCCGCGGGUCGAUUUGGAGAUCGUGACCCCGGAAGAUGCAUCAACAGCUCUGCCAGAGCGUCGCUUCGCCAUGGCAUCAACUUUCAAGAUUCCCCUAGCGCUAUCAGUUCUGCAGCUGGUGGAUGCUGGCCGGAUUUCUUUGGAAGAGAAAGUCGUGCUUGACGCCUAUGAUGUGCGGCCGGGCACGGGGGUACUGACUGCAACACUGCUAGAGCAGUUGAAGGAGGUAUCUCGGGACCAGAUUCAAGUCGAAUAUUCUUUAUACCAGCUGCUAGAGAAGGCACUCAACGACUCUGACAAUACAGCCACAGACUAUCUUUUGGAUCGUGUGGUUGGCGGACCUUCCGUGGUUUUUGCUCACAUGGAAAGGCUAGGCCUUAGUGAGAUCCGCGUCGCCAGGAGCUGCUUGGAACAUCUUCGUGACCGUUGCGGCAUCCGAUGUCCUAUGCCCAGCAGGUCCUCAGAAUCCGAGAUGGACAUGGUGGACUUUGUUGCCAUGUUGGAAGGGCGCAUGGAGAUUCAGCCGCUCUCAGUUUGUUGCCAAGCAGAUUGCAACUUUGAUGCAGAUCCACGUGACACAACAACUCCUGGAGCUAUGACAGCUCUGUUGGAAAAGAUCUGGAGUCGGGAAGCAGGGAUUUCGGAUGCAUCAACCCAACUGUUGCUAGAGAUUAUGGGCAACUGCCGGACAGGGCUGAAACGACUCCGGGGCCGCUUACCAUGCUAUGGGACUGAUGUGAUAGAAGUUCAGCACAAGACAGGGUCCUUGGGAGGGCGCGCCAAUGAUGUGGGAUUUGUGCAUCUCCCAAACGGCCGUGCCUUUGCCAUCAGUUGCUACACCAAGGGGCUUGCGAACUUCAAAGAUCAAAGCACAACAGGCGAGUUGUAUGCGGACCGAGAGCGGGUCAUCGCGGACAUGGCUCGAGCAUGCUACGACUUCCACUUAUUCGCUUCCGGCUGA